CAUUCAACCUCUGCCGGGGGGACAAACGCAAGAGGAAGACCAUCAUCAUCCUCCCAAUUCCAUCACAGUGAAAGCAAGGAGGAGCCAGGCGAAGGAGAAACUGAUGCUCCCAGCAGGUGCCAACAAGUGAAGGUGGGAGAUGAAGAGUCUGUGAGAAGAAGACACAGCUUCAAGAGACAUCUACAAACGGUCCUCGCAGUCGUUUCUCGCUCCUCCUGCUCCUCGUCUCUGCUGCGAUGCUGCAUCCCGUGCUGCUUUGUGCCACUCUGCUCCUCCUGACUCCCUUUGAGGUCUCCGAGGCUCGUGCUCUGCAUCCUUCUCCCGACGCUGCGCAGUUCCUGGAGGAGUUUCUGGAGCGCCACAAUGACCUCCUGACUCUCGACGACCUGGAGAACCUGCUGAACAGCGAGACAACGGAGGAGCAGUCUACCGUCUCCUCCGGGGUCAAAGGGGCAGAGUACCCCAAGUGGGCCGACGUCCAGCCUCAGCCCGAGACCCCCUGGCUCCGGCUGCUGAAGGGGGCUCUGGCCAGUCAGAGGAGAGCGGAACCGGAGCGCUCACGGAGGGGCUGGAACCGAGGAUGCUUUGGCUUGAAACUGGAUCGGAUCGGGUCCAUGAGCGGACUUGGCUGUUAGUGGAAGCGAAGAGGAGGAGGGGAGCUGAGACUGAUGGCAUCCUUCACCAACAGAUAAAGACGUUUCCAUGUAGUUUCUGUAGUUUGGUGUUAACUUACUGUCUUGUUAUUGUAGUUUCAACAAGCCUAGAUCAGAUUCUUCACACUUUACUCCAAACUGAGUCCACGUUAGCCGUGUUUCCAUCAAACCA